ACAAACCGGUUUUCUUAUAGCUAAAAAUGGAAGAUGGCGUGAAUGUAAAUUCAGCAACGCCAGAAAAAUUACGAAAAUAUGACGAUCAAGCCACAAGCCAAGAAACCAUAAAUAAAUUUGCUAAUGAUGGAUCUUUUAUGGCCAUGUAUAUGGCUAUGAUGAAAGAUAAAAAGAGCUCCAAUGCAGAAAAAACAGAUGCCUACGAAGAAUCCUCUCACAAAAAUACUGAAGAGGACAGAAUGAAAUUUGUAAUACACCCGAAACAUGAACCAUCGAAAGCAUUUCUUAAAGAACAGGGCACGGAAAAUGCUCCCCGACUAUUUAAAAGGAAGACUGCUAGAUUGAAAACCGGUUUGGUAGCCAAAAAUGUUAAAGAAACUUCGUCCGAUGAAGACAAGAAAGAUGCUUGGUCACAAUACAUGACUGCUGUCCAAAAAUAUAAAGAGAAAUCGUGUGAUGACAGCGACAAGAACAGACCAUUGGUAAAAUGA